GAGUCAAUCCACAAGAAGUAGUAAUAGAUAAUUUACUUCCUUAUCUAUAGACAGGGAUGAUAUAGUCCAUUUCCAGUCCCUUUGAAGAUCUCUUGAGGAGCAACAAUGGCGGGACUCACCAAUCUCAAGCUAUCUCUGUUUCCCAAUUCUUGUUCACUCUCCUCUUCUUCCUCUCUUUCCUCAAACCCAUUCCUUGUUUCUACCUCCAUUUUCUGCAGAAAUUCCCACCGCUUCCCAAAGAUAUUUGCGUUUUCGAGCAAUGAUAUUAAAGUGGGCAGCAACAUUGAAGUGGAUGGAGCUCCUUGCAAGGUUAUAGAGUUUCUUCAUGUAAAGCCUGGGAAAGGGGCUGCGUUUGUGAGGACCACAUUGCGCAACUAUGUAACAGGGAACAGUGUUGAGAAAACUUUCCGAGCUGGAAGUAAGAUAGAAGAGGCAAAUAUCUACAAGGAGACAAAGCAAUUCACCUAUAAGGAUGGUGCCCAGUAUGUUUUCAUGGAUCUGACUAGUUAUGAAGAAUAUCGUCUAAAUGAAAAAGAUGUUGGAGAUAAAGCGAAGUUUCUAAAAGAGGGCAUGGACUGCAGUUUGCUUUUCUGGAACGGGAAGGUGAUCGACUUUGAAUUGCCUAUAACAGUAAAGUUGACAGUGGUGGACGUUGAUCCAGGCGUCAAAGGUGACACUGCCCAAGGUGGAUCAAAGCCAGCAACCCUCGACACCGGUGCAGUUGUUAAUGUUCCGUUAUUCAUAAAUAGAGGGGAGGAAAUUAUGGUUGAUACUAGAAAUGGACAAUACAUGAGCCGCGCAUAGGUUGCUUCAGAUACAAUUUUGUAACAACUGAAACUUUUUGUAUGUAUUAGAACUUAGUAUUUGCAGGAGUAACAUUAGAGGACCCCAUUGAGAUGCUAUUGGAAACCUUUUGUUUUCUACUGAUUUGAGUAGCCAAGGGAGUGGUGUACAAAUGGGAAGUAAAAGUAAUCAAACAAAUGAUCCUUGUUUUGCUGUCAAUUUACCUUCCAAAACAUAACUCUAAAAACAUUGUGAGUAGUGAAGCCUUUUGCCUUCAUAAAGUCUACAGUCCAUACACUGAUCUUAAUAACAUUUGGAUACCUUUAUGA